AUGAACGAAGCAAGCAGUGGUGAGGAAAUGGUGUCGGGAUCAAUUAAUGAAUUUUGGAUGUCUGAUUGAAACAAGGGUUAAAGAGAAGAAGACUGGGAGGAUUGUAGAAGAGGUGUUUGAAGGGUGGAAUCUGAUGGCAAAUUAUGAGUUUAAUCGGUUGGGAAGGUUGUGGGUUGUUUGGAGAUCGACUGUCCGUCUGACUCCAGUUUUUAAGAGUGCACAAAUUAUUACGUGUUCUGUACUUUUACCGGGACGGGAUGAAGAGUUCUUUUGCUCGUUUAUCUAUGCGUACAAUACAGUGGAGGAAAGAAAGGAGCUUUGGGAAGAUUUGAGAAAUCACAAUGAUGCUCCGAUGUUUAAGAAUAAGAAAUGGAUGUUGAUGGGAGAUUUUAAUGAGAUAUUGGAGAGUGAAGAACAUUCUGGAUUUGAAGCUUCUCCUAGACCAUUACCUGGUAUGAGGGAUUUCCAAGAAGUUUCGAGAUACUACAGAUUAUCUGACAUGGGAUAUCAGGGUCCUCUCCUUACUUGGUGUAACAAAAGAGAAGAUGGAUUAAUCUGCAAAAAGCUAGACAGAGUGUUAGUGAAUGAUGUAUGGUUACAUAAUGACCCAGCGUAUUGCGUUUUUGAAGCGGGUGGAUGUUCGGAUCAUAUGAGAUGUAGAAUUGAGAUGGAGGUGGAGGUGAAGAAAAGGAGAAAACCAUUCAAGUUCACAAAUGUGAUUGGUAAAAUGCCGGAGUUCUUGCCAUUAAUGGAGGAUCAAUGGAAAAACUAUGAAGCUUUAUAUCAGUCUACCUCAGCAAUGUUCCGUCUCACAAAGCGUCUAAAGGCUCUGAAACAACCGUUAAGAGCUCUUAGCAAGGAGAAAUUGGGAGAAUUAUCAAAGAGAACCAGAGAAGCAUAUCAACUCCUAUGUGUUAAGCAGCAGGAAACAAUGGAAAAUCCUACGAGUGAAGCAAUCAGAGAAGAAUCAGAGGUGUACAUGAAAUGGCAGAGACUGGCUGAGAUAGAGGAAGAAUGUUUGAAGCAAAAAUCGAAGGUUCACUGGUUGGACGUGGGGGAUGGGAACAAUAAAUUCUUUCAUAGCUUUGCGAAAAUAAGGGAAGUUCAUAAUGCCAUUAAUGAAAUCCAAAGGGGAGAUGGGACUCUUGCUAAGACAGAAGACGAGAUCAAAGAGGAGGCAGAGGGUUUUUUCGCAGAGUUUAUGCAAAGAGUUCCACAAGACUUUGAGGGGGCUACUGUGGACAGUCUUAAAGAGUUGUUGAGGUUUCAGUGUAGUGAGGUUGAUUGCACAAAGCUUGAGAGGGAAAUCACAAAUGAAGAGAUAAAGGAGGUAGUCUUUCGGAUGCCCUCAAGUAAAUCUCCAGGACCAGAUGGGUUCACUUCGGAAUUCUUUAAGGAAGCUUGGCCAGUGAUUGGAGCAGAUGUAGUAAAUGCGGUUCAAUCUUUCUUCACAAAAGGAUUUCUACCAAAAGGACUAAACUCAACCAUUUUAGCGCUGAUUCCAAAGAAGGAGGAAGCAAGAAUGAUGAAGGAUUACAGACCAAUCUCGUUAUGCAAUGUGCUCUAUAAGGUAAUCUCAAAAAUCAUUGCAAAUCGUUUGAAGGGUAUUAUGCCGAAAUGUAUUACUCUUAAUCAGUCUGCAUUUGUUAAAGGAAGAUUAUUGAUGGAGAAUGUUCUCCUAGCAUCAGAGUUAGUGAAAGAUUACCAUAGAGAAGAUAUUUCGCUUCGUUGUGCUAUGCAGAUAGAUAUAGCAAAAGCAUUUGAUUCGGUCCAAUGGCCUUUUCUAUUGAAUACAUUGCAAGCUAUGGGAUUUCCGGGGAAGUUUAUUCAGUGGAUUUCUCUGUGUAUCACAUCGCCGUCCUUCUCUGUGCAAGUUAAUGGCGAGUUGGCUGGCUAUUUUCAGAGCAAACGAGGUCUUAGGCAAGGUUGUUCUCUAUCUCCAUGCCUCUUCGUUAUAUGUAUGAGUGUGUUGUCAAGAAUGAUUGAUGAAGCUGCGGGUAGAGGAGAGAUUGGUUAUCACCCGAAAUGCAAAAACAUAGACAUUACACAUCUAUGUUUUGCAGAUGAUUUAAUGGUGUUUACUGAUGGCACAAGGAAAUCAAUAGAAGGGAUAUUGACGGUCUUUGACAGAUUUGACAGAAUGAGUGGGUUGCAGAUAAGUAUGGAGAAAUCGAUUUUAUUCAUGGCGGGUGGUACUGAUCAGAAGAGAGAGGAAGUUCAGAAUCAGUUUCAAUUUGCAUCAGGGACGCUUCCGGUACGUUAUUUGGGGCUCCCUUUAUUAACUAAACGCAUGACUGUCAAUGAUUAUUUGCCAUUGAUAGAGAAGAUUAGGAAAAGAAUAAGCUCAUGGACAGGGCGUUUUCUUUCUUAUGCGGGAAGAUCACAGUUGAUACAAUCAGUUAUAAUGAGCCUAACCAAUUUUUGGAUGGCUGCAUUUCGACUCCCUAGUAGUUGUAUUAAGGAGAUUGAGAGAAUCUGCUCUGCGUACCUCUGGUCUGGUCCGGAACUUAAUGGUAGGAAGAAUAAGAUUGCUUGGAAGGAUAUCUGUAAGACGAAGCAAGAAGGUGGACUGGGGAUUAGGCCAUUAAAGGAAGUGAAUUUGGUGUGUUGUAUCAAACUGAUUUGGAGGAUAUUAUCAUCUCAUUCUCUUUGGGUAAAUUGGGUUCAAAACUAUCUUAUCAGGAAGGGGUCUAUCUGGAUGGUGAAGGAUAAUAAUCAGUCUGGGACUUGGAUGUGGCGGAAGAUAUUGAAAUGUCGGGACAUGGCGAAAAUGCUCUAUAAGGUGGAGGUAAAAGAUGGCAAUAAAGCUUCUUUCUGGUUUGAAAAGUGGUCUUCUUUGGGUUGUCUGCAAGAUGUUUUAAGUGGAAGAGGUCACAUUGAUUUGGGAAUACUCGCUAAUGAAAAGGUUGCGGCUUGUAGGAACCAUAGAAGAAGACAACAUCGCAUCCCACUCUUGAAUAGAGUAGAGAUGGAGAUCGAGCUUUAUAAAGCAAAUUGGGUUCAAGAAGAAGAUGUCUCAUUGUGGAAAACAGAAAAGGGCAAAUACAAAAGGGUUUUCUCUACAAGAGAAACUUGGAAUAUAAUCCGAGAGAAGCAUCUCUUAUGUGGCUGGCACAAAGCUGUGUGGUUUAAACAUGCAACUCUUCGGUACUCUUUUAUUCUUUGGACUGCGAUACAUGGCAGACUCUCUACUGGUGAUCGCCUGCGAAGCUGGAAUUUAAAUGUGGAUGUAUCUUGUGGGUUCUGUAGUGAGCCAAUAGAGACGAGGAAGCAUCUGUUUUUUGAGUGUUUUUACUCUAGGGAGAUUUGGGAAACACUUGUAAGAGGGGUGAUGAGGAGUUUGUAUACGACGGAUUGGGAUAAUCUCAUUGGGCUGCUGUCAACUAAUUCCACAUGGGAGGAUCUCAGUCUGUUUAUAGUGAGGCAUGUGUUUCAAUCUGCAGUACAUGCUAUUUGGAUGGAGAGAAAUAGACGAAGACAUGGAGAGAAGCCUGCCCCUGCAGUGCUUAUUGUCAAGAAGAUUGAUAAAGAGAUGAGAAACAAGUUUACAGUGAUAAGAAGGAGGGGUGAUAAGAAGUAUGAAGGAGGAAUGGCACAGUGGUUUAGCACAAGAUAGAAGUUUUUUAUUCAUCUUUUCGUUUUAUAAAAUUUGGGGAGGGAUGGAAAGUUUAAAAUAGGUUGCACUUGUUGUAAUAAGGAAUUUUUCUUUUGAAUUAAAUUUAACAUUCAAUUCAAAAAAAAAAAAAAAAAAAAAAGAAAAUGUGUUAGUAGAGAUCAUGUGAUGUUAAAGGCAUUCAUCAUUCUUUGAACGUUGUGGUACGGACAAUGUAUUUAGACGACUGGGGUAUCAACUUUUCCAGAAAAGAAUUGAUGGACACGGAAAGACAAUCUCAGAUCUCGUCUUGUGUCAACAAGUUAUAAGACUGCCUUCCUUUUUUUACUUUAAUAAUCAGACUUUCUUACUCAAAUCAAUAAUUGUGUGUGGCAAUCAUGUUUAUGCAAAUGAGACUUGUAAUACACUAUAUUGCUAUUGAAGAAAUCGACUUAGUGCUGCUUCACUUUCUUCUGUACAUUUACAACUGGAUAUAUCUUACGCAUACAAAAGCGUACUAAAGCAUAUGUUAUUGACAAAAAAACAUUAUAGGUUUGUAUAAUGUUAGGUUGUUAUAUUCCUUUUGUAGGUUUAUUUAAAAGAUCUGACAUGGGUUGCACCAACUCAGAGACAGUUGGCUGGCUUAAAGUAACAUCCUCGAUGGGUUGAAAUUGUCAGAAACCACAAUCCCUUCAAUUUCUCAACUCCAAUCACUUUUGCCACCCAAUUUUAUCUCAUAUCAUUUUGCAGAAACAAAGACAGAAAGUUUGUUACGUUACAACCUCACAAUUGCAAUAACGUUUCGUAUAAGAGAAGACAGAAAUUUCGCUGGUUCCUCCUUUGUCUGAGGAUCUUGGAGAGGAGGAAACAACAAACAAACAAAAACAACCCGGAAAAAAGAAAGAAAGAAA